GUAGCAAGCAAGCUAGCAAAAGCAACUAAUUCAUGUAAUUAAGCACUAAUCAGCAAUUAAUCACAGUCUAUUAAAGUGUCUCUCACACUCUUCAUUCUCUCUCUGUCUAGCUUCACAAGUUUCAAAAAGAACAUUUCAAUGCACCGACUCCAUUAGACAAAAAAAGAAAACAAAAUACACAGCACAAAAACGAAGAAUCGUAACAAUGCGGUGUUCUCUUACAGCGGUGGUUUUCGUUCUGGCCACCGUGGUGGCGACGGUGGUGGAUGCCGGCGUAUUGCUUCCCUUGGAACGCGCGGUUCCAACUACUGGCAGCAGGCGCGUGGAUGUGGAGUAUCUGAGGGCGCGUGACAGAGCGCGUCAUGCUCGAAUUCUGCGUGGUUCUGGUGGUGGCGGUUAUGGUGGUGGUGGCGUAGUUGAUUUCUCAGUACAAGGAACCUCCGAUCUUAGCUCAGCUGGGUACGGGUUGUAUUUUACCAAGGUGAAGAUGGGAACACCUCCAAAAGAAUUUAAUGUGCAGAUUGAUACCGGAAGUGACAUCUUGUGGGUUAGCUGCAAUACUUGCAGCAAUUGCCCUCAAUCUAGUGGACUUGGGAUUGAGCUCAAUUACUUUGACACGGUUGGCUCAUCCACAGCUGCGCUGGUUCCAUGCUCAGACUCGAUAUGUGCUUCUGAGGUUCAAGGUGCAGCUGCUGAAUGUUCUCAGGCUAAUCAGUGCAGCUAUACUUUUCAGUAUGGAGAUGGAAGUGGAACGACAGGAUAUUAUGUUUCUGAUGCAAUGUAUUUUGAUAUGAUCCUGGGACAGUCUUCACUUGCUAACUCUUCAGCGACUGUUGUUUUUGGGUGUAGCAACUAUUUGUCUGGAGAAUUGACUAAAUCAGAUAAAGCAGUUGAUGGAAUUAUUGGGUUUGGCCCUGGUCCUCUAUCUGUUGUAUCACAAUUGUCUUCGCGUGGUAUAACACCCAAAGUUUUCUCUCAUUGUUUAAAAGGAGAUGGCAAUGGAGGAGGCAUACUGGUUCUUGGUCAUAUUUUGGAUCCAAAUAUAGUUUAUACUCCACUGCUUCCAUCACAACCUCAUUACAACGUAAACCUCCAGGGCAUUUCUGUGAAUGGACAACCCCUCUCAAUUAAUGCAGAUGUAUUUGCAACAUCUGCCAAUCGAGGAACUAUAGUCGACUCCGGUACAACAUUGGCAUAUCUUAUUCAAGAGGCUUAUGAUCCUCUCGUCAAUGCAAUUACUACAGCAGUGUCACAGUCUACAAAUCCUUUUAUUUCAAAAGGACUUCAGUGUUAUCUUCUCUCAACCAGUAUAAGUGAUAUAUUUCCUCAAGUCAGCUUAAACUUUGAGGGUGGGGCAUCAAUGGUUUUAAAACCAGAACAGUACCUUAUGCAUAAUGGUGUCAUGGAUGGUCAGUCAUUGUGGUGCAUCGGUUUCGAGAAAGUGCAGGAGGGAGUCUCAAUUUUAGGAGAUCUGGUUUUAAAAGAUAAGGUAAUCAUCUAUGACUUAGCACAUCAACAAAUCGGAUGGGCCAACUAUGACUGUUCCUCCCCUGUAAACGUUUCUGUGGCUACAAGCAAGGAUGAGUACAUCAAUGCCAGACAAACGAGUGUCAGCGGUGUAGAUAUAGGCAUCCUCUCCAAGUUACUACCUGUAAGCGUUGUGGCUCUCUCUGUGCACAUAGCAAUUUUCUCUCCAUUUUUGUAAUUUAAAUCCAAAGGCUCAAGUUUUAUUUUUCAACCACACUUCGAAAGCUACCUUAGAUGGCCGAUGUUUUAUUUGUUCUCGGAAAACCCCUCUCAUGUUUGGAUCAUGAGUGGUAGCUGUUUCUAUUCAUAUUUAUUCUGAUUGGGCAUGCUCACAAGAAAAAACAAAAAGAAGAACAAGAAGAGGAUGUCUUCCAUUCACCUGAUGAAUUUGUAAAGGAAGCAUUCUCUUGGGAACGUGUAGAAAUAUACAUUAGUGUCUGUAUCUAUGUAGUGGAUAAUGGUGUAUUGUUUAUACAGUGCUGUGAGGGAUUUGUGUUUUUCAGCCCUAUCAAGUUUAGCCAAGUGUAUAGGAAUUUCAUAUGGUUAUGGCACCAUGGUUGGUGUUCAGGCAUUUUAUGAUAUUCACUGAUUAGAAUUGUCA